UUGACCAUGACCAGUUUGACGUUUUAAAACAGAUUUGUUUUGUAGUUUUCUUUAUAUUUUUUAUUUUUUAAUAAAACAUAUAUUUUAACACCAAGAUUUAAAUAAAAUUUCUUAAAAUGUCAGCAGAUAAUCACAGUAAAUGUAGAAUUUGUUUAAAUAUGGACAACGAAUUAAAUAUGAAUCCCUGUUUUGAUGUAAAUGUAGAUCAAAUUUGUCUGGCAUCAGUUUUUACAAAUAUCACAGGGAUAAAGAUAGAAGACUGUGAAUAUUUUCCUAAGAAAUUAUGUCAAUCGUGCACGACAAGUAUAAUCAGCUUUAAAAAAUUUCUGGCAGUCUUUCAUGAAACUAAUGCAAGGCUGAAAAAUCAAAUAUGCAAGAUAGAAGAUGGUUUUGAAAUAUCUGAUGAUGGUAACAGCAAUUUUGGUAAUUUUGAAAUAUAUAAGAACGAUGGCGAUUGUGAGAUAUCAGAGAGCGAAAUCCGUGAUGUGAAAAAAUGUUAUAAUGGUAAUAGUGAUAAAGAUGAAAAACAAAAUGUGGCUUCCAAUAUUAAAGAAGAAAUAAAGUCAUCUAUUGAAGUUCCACAACAGAAAAACAAACUGCUGCCCAAACAGCAUGAGCCACUAAGUGAAGAAUAUAAAACAAUACCGUCUUUUAAAUAUACCUGUCAUUGUGGGGACUGUUUUUUAUAUAAACCUGGGUUUCGUCAACAUAUGCUAUCUAGACAUGACAUAUUAUUAGAUGAAACAGACUUUGAUAGAUAUUCCGAAGAAAUUGAAGUUAAAAUCCCUAUUGGUUUUCCAGAAUUUGUUGAAUCUAAAGUUAUAGUGAAGAAAAAGAAAAUGCAGUGUCGUAUCUGUAAUAUCAGAUUCUUAACCAAAGCAGAUGUAAAGGCACACGAAGAUAUUCACAAGACGUUCGUCUGUGACCAGUGUGGAGCAGCUUUUUUGUAUAAAAACUACCUCGCUGAUCAUUUACGUGUCCAUUCUGAAGAAAGACGCUACACAUGUCAUAUCUGCCAGAAGAAAUUCAAGCACAGAUACACCUACGCCGUCCAUAAGAGAUCCCAUGAAAUUACGAGGAACUUUGUUUGUGAAACGUGUGGUGCGUCUUUUAAAACGGAAGGAACGAUGCGGACCCAUAUACAUAUCAAACACAGUGACAUUAGGAACUACUCGUGUCCCAGCUGUAAUCUUUGUUUUAACUUAAAGUCCACGUUGGACAAGCAUUUUAUGCGAAAGCAUACUCCAGAUAGGAAAAAAAGUUUUGUGUGUAGUAAGUGUGGGGCCGCGUAUUUAAAUAAUAGUACGUUGAAGAGACAUGUUGCUGAGAAGCAUUUAGGGAAGGCGAAAUGUUUUCCGUGUACUAUUUGUGAAAAUAAAAUGUAUGUAGUGAAAAAAGGACUGCAGUCGCACAUGUUGAAAAAGCAUGGAAUCGCGGUUGAUCAGAAUAUUUAAUAAAUAUCUCAUUUUAUUUA